UCAGAUAAGGCCAAUGCUUCUCUAGCCUUGAAGAACCUUGAGGUGAUCUGCACAGUUCCCUGCCGCUCCCUCCUCAGCCCCAGCUACUACCACAGCUUUGGCAUGACUGACAACUACUUCAUCUUCAUUGAGCAGCCAUUCAAACUGGACAUCCUCAAGAUGGCCACCGCAUACAUGAGAGGGGUCAACUGGGCUAGUUGUCUGAUGUUUUGCCCUGAGGAAAAUACCCUGAUUCACCUGAUCGACAGAAAGACAGGCAAAGAAGUGGGCAUAAAGUACUACACAGAGGCAAUGAUAGUGUACCAUCACGUGAAUGCCUUUGAAGAGGAUGGUCAUGUCAUCUUUGAUGUUAUCGCCUAUGAAGAUCCCAGCUUAUACAACAUGUUCUACCUAAACGUGUUAAAAGAACAAUCAAAGACCUCAGCAAUGUCUGUGCCAAAGUGCAAAAGAUUUGCCCUUCCUGUACAGACUGACAAGGUAAUGGUUUGCAACUGAUUACCAUCUUAACCU